AUGAAGAAGGAUGAUACUACUCAGCUCGAGUCCGUUAGGUUGAUUGCUUGGCAGACCUUGGGGAAGUUCAACAUUGCUGGACUUUUUCAGAAGUACAAGGUGUGCACGCCUGUCUCUUGGUAUCUCACCGAGUCUAUGGCUGCUUUGUGCAAGAAUGCUGCUGUGAUUAUGAAGACUCGGAAGCGCCGCCCCAUCCCAUUUCAUUGCAUUCAGUUCGCAUUUUUUGUCGACUACAUCCCAGAACUAAAGUUUUUUGGUCUACAUCUGUGGUAUUCUGUUUUCCUUCUCACUUUCACCUGCAGGCAAGGCUUCAGCAACAAGAACACUUCGGCGGGUGCACUACCAAUUCUUCUUAACAAGUUGUGCGACAAAAAACGCGUCGAGAGUCCAGGCAAUAUUGACACGAUGUGA